AUGUCAACCUACAACUCAAUGUCGGGGCUGCCUACUGGCGCCUCUUCCAGUGAAGCGAUGGCGAUGAGCUUUGGGACUGCACACUCUCAGAGUAUGAGUAUGGACGUGUUCGAUCAGGAUAUGACCUUUGACGAGUCGUUACUCGAUGGGGCUGCACUGCAGACUCUGCCUUUCGGCAGUUCGUACGACUUGGAUGCCUUUUCUUCAACGUUUGAGGAUCCGUUUUCAUAUUCGACACAGCGAUUCGAUCCUCCACCAAAUCAAGAUGCCUUGCACGAGGCAUCGUCUCCCCAGGAACCCGAUAACAAGCUUCUCGGCUUCUCUGCCCCAGUAUCAAGCGCCACUAUCGUCAACGAGAGCAACCAGUUUAUCGAAGCCGGCAUGACUGCUGAACUUUACGGCAUGUUCUUUGUUGCUGAAGAUGUCUUUGGGGGAGAAUCUUCAGGACGCCCUCUGGAAUUGACAUGUUAUCGUCGCAACCUAUGGCAAUGUUCGGGCCAAAUCACCCUACCCCGGGUAAUCAGAAAUAUUGUGAACGAACAAGGGCAACACAUCCAAAUAUUUGAGCUACUGGCGGGCAUUACCGCCAUCGAAUCAAUUGAAGGAAAACCUACCGAGAUCAUAUCGAUACCCUGGAAGAAUGCCAACCCCCAAGGAGGUGACGAUACUAAAGGCGUCACAGCACCACCCAUGAUCACUUUGGAUGUCUCAACCGGUCAGGAGAUCGAUGCUCACCGCGUCUCUCUACCGAUGUCUUGGAAGCGCCUUCAGUUUAAACAUGCCACGGCUAACAACGGCCGAAGAAAAGGUCUCCAACAACACUAUGUAGUCAAAAUCAACCUCCUAGGCAAGACUCAAACAGGCGAGCUUGUCAAGAUAGCAGAGAUACAGUCCGGCCCAGUUAUCGUGCGGGGUCGAAGUCCCCGGAAUUUUGACAGCAGGAAGGACGUUCCUCUCACAGGUGACAAGAGAUUUGAGAGGAGAAGCACGUCGACGUCAAAUGCCGAUCAUCCAACACUUAAGCUGGAGCGGGAGAACUCACAGAACUUUCCCCAGAGGUACCCUCCAGUCAAUAACCUUCAACCAAAUGACUGGGCCACACCCCAAUCAAUAUCUCACCCACUUCCCAGCCCACAACCGGCUGCGAGUCCACAUCCGGCAAAACGAAUCGCCUUAUCACCGUCAAUGACAAGACCUCCGAUACCAGCCUGGUCCAGUGAUCCAAACAGCUCUGCCAAAGCCGCCAACGCGCAUAGCAACAAAAAUUCCGUUCCACGUCAGAACCCCUCUCUUCCAAUCAACCUGUCGCUGUCCGAAGACGAAAGAAGUCCCAACCGCUCUAGUGCCGAGCUGCACAGUCCCAGUUCCGGUAAAGGUUACACCACUUCGGGGGCGAAUAGGGAAAACAGUCCUGCUGAUGAGGGCGUUGAUCCCUUGUAUGAAUACUUCCCAUUAACAGUGGAUGAUUGGAUGCCGCCUGUGGACGCUGUAUACCGGCCGCACGUGGUCCAUCACACGAUCAUGCCACCCGAAAUGAAAGCGCAGCAGAUCAAGAGCAAGGCCAAACGGUACUUUGCUUCGGACUAA